UCUCAGCUUUUCCUACUUUUAAGGACCUUUAUAUUUAUGUCAUUAUUCUUCACACACAAUUUUUGAGGUUAAUUUGAUGAAACAAGAAAAUGAAUCAUCUCAGAAAUUGAUUGGCAAUGAAAUGAGAAGGGACUAAAUAUUUUUUUGUAGGGAUCGAAACCCCUGAUUUUCUUGGGGGAGAAAGAAGGAAAGUAGUGAUAGCAUUUCAUAUAUAAAAAAAUAUAUGCAUAAAAUUUGAUAGAAGGAAUUUUAGUGUGAAAUGUUGGCAUUGGUAGAAGGAAAGAGGAGUAGCAGCUGAUGAUGGAGCAAGAAUUAGAUUCAAAGCUUAUGAUAGAAAAUAAUUUACCAAAUCCUCAAAGAUCUAAGAGCUUUGCAUUCAGAGCACCUCAGGAAAAUUUCACAAUCCAAGAUUUUGAAUUGGGAAAGAUCUAUGGAGUUGGUUCUUACUCAAAGGUUGUCAGAGCAAAAAAGAAAGACACAGGGAAUGUUUAUGCGUUGAAGAUCAUGGACAAAAAGUUCAUCACUAAAGAAAAUAAGACUGCCUAUGUGAAAUUAGAAAGAAUUGUACUUGAUCAGUUGGAUCAUCCUGGUAUUGUGCGAUUAUUUUUCACUUUCCAAGACACUUUUUCACUAUACAUGGCACUGGAGUCCUGUGAAGGUGGUGAGCUUUUUGAUCAAAUUACCAGGAAAGGUCGUUUGUCCGAGGAUGAAGCACGUUUUUACGCAGCUGAAGUGGCAGAUUCUCUUGAAUAUAUACACAGUAUGGGAUUGAUUCAUCGAGAUAUUAAGCCAGAGAACCUGCUACUCACUUCAGAUGGACGUAUUAAAAUUGCGGACUUUGGCAGUGUAAAACCCAUGCAGGAUAGCAGAAUAACAGUACUUCCAAAUGCAGCAUCAGAUGACAAGGCAUGUACUUUUGUGGGGACAGCUGCAUAUGUCCCUCCUGAAGUUUUAAAUUCUUCUCCUGCAACUUUUGGAAAUGAUCUCUGGGCACUUGGCUGCACCUUAUAUCAAAUGCUUUCAGGAUUUUCACCUUUUAAAGAUACCAGUGAAUGGCUCAUUUUUCAAAGAAUCAUUGCUAGAGAUAUCAGGUUCCCAAAUUAUUUUUCAAAUGAAGCUAGAGAUCUCAUUGAUCAGUUGCUCGAUAUUGAUCCUAGCCGAAGACCAGGUGCUGGACCUGAUGGUUAUGCUUCACUGAAAAACCAUCCUUUCUUUAGUGGGGUUGAUUGGGACAAUUUAAGGUUACAAACUCCUCCACGGCUUGCUGCAGAGCCAAAAGGACACUCUACUCGUACCAGUGGUGAAGAUCAUGAUCCUUCAUGGAAUCCCUCACAUAUAGGGGAUGGUUCAGCUAGACCUAAUGAUGGAAAUGGUGGUACGCCAUCCUCUUCUGAAGCUAGUAGCGUUACCAGGCUUGCUUCAAUCGACUCAUUUGAUUCAAAAUGGAAGCAGUUUUUGGAGCCUGGUGAAUCUGUUCUUAUGAUCUCCAAUGUGAAAAAGAUACAGAAGCUUACAAGCAAGAAAGUUCAGCUUAUCUUGACAAAUAAGCCAAAAUUGAUCUACGUAGACCCCUCAAAGUUGGUGGUCAAAGGGAAUAUUAUAUGGUCCGACAAUUCUAACGAUCUUAAUAUUCAAGUCAUAAGCCCUUCACAGUUCAAGGUUUGCACACCAAAGAAAGUUAUGUCUUUCGAGGAUGCUAAACAACGAGCAAUGCAGUGGAAAAAGGCCAUUGAAACUCUUCAGAACCGGUGAUAUCUAUAUAUCUGCAUUUCAACCAUACUUUUUGAAAAAGAUAUGUAAUUGUAGAGGGUAUAGGGGAUCCAAAAAUGUUGGAUACUCCUACAAAAUACUUAUCAAUAUAAACUCAAUUUACAGGUCUAGAGUAUAGUAGAUAAUUUUCACCAAAAUUUUUUUAUCUUCUUUUGGAUGAAAUGCACAUCCACAUUUGUAUGCUAUAAUCUUGUAAAUGCAAGAACUGAACGAAGUUGGUGAAUUCUCAGCUAUUUCAAAACCACUCCUCACAAUAGAGUUGUUUUUGACACUAUCAAA